AGGAAGAACUCCAUUACGGCGGGAAAUGUGCUGUUAUUAAAGUACCACCAAGACAAAUGUCCCGUUUUUGGUCUCCUUCAACUAAGCCGAAUAUAUGACUGUAGAUGUAGUUAAAUGACCGAGAAACUGAAAAGCUCAGCUGAGUAAGACGCAAAGAACUCAGUUUUGUUGCAACAUCUGGUGGCUUCAGGUGGAAGAAAACAUGAAGGGAGAAAUGGAUAAACUCGUCUCUCUUGCAGAAGGAGACCAUGUCACCGAACUUCAGAAUUACCUUUCCGCUUUGACUGAUGAAAAGAUCAAAGCACUGAUGACCUACAGCGCGCUGAAGGGUAAGAGGGUCGGUGCUAUGCUGAAAGGCAUAUUUAAAGGUUCUCCAUCCAAUUCCUCUGAAGGAGCAAAUCGCAGACUUCUUGUCUAUGAACACUGCAUCCCUCUGUGUGAGUCUGGGGAUCUUCAGGCUGAGGUGGCUGCUGAUAUGAUCGGUCUACUGAUGCUGGAGACUCACACACUCUCCGGACCGUCUCUUGCAAAACUGGCAUCUUUGUUUGUGGACGCCAUUAAAGUAGGGAAAAUGGGCAGUGGGAAAUCCCUGGAGCUGUUUCCUACCGUUCUUACUGCUCUCGCUGCGUGUGAAGCCCUGACGUAUGGCAAAGGGGAGCUAAGUGGUGAGGAAUACAAGAAGCAGCUGAUCAACAGCCUCUGCUCCAGCAGAUGGGACCCGCAGUGUGUCAUCCACUUUACAACCAUGUUCAGGGAUGUGCCCUUGUCACUAGAGGAGCUGCAGUUUCUGGUGGAGAAAGUAGUGAGGAUGUUCGCCAAACUAGAUCUGCAGGAGAUCCCGCCGCUGGUUUACCAGCUCCUGCUUUUGUCUGCUAAAGGUUGCAAGAGACAGAUCUUGGAUGGGAUCAUUAGUUACUUUAAGGAGCAGGACAUUCAUCAGGAAGAAGAGGAGAAACAUGGAGAAAAUCUGGAUUUAGAGGUUCAGUCCAUUCCUCAAGACCAGCUGAGGCACGUGGAGGGCACGGUCAUCCUCCACGUUGUGUUUGCGAUUCGGCUGGACCAUGAGCUCGGGAGAGAGUUCCUUAAAGGUUUUAAGACCUCAUAUGGGGACUUGUGUCCGUUCAGUGUUGCCUUAUUGCUCUCGGUCGCACGUAUCCAGCGUUACGAGGAGCAGGUGUUUGACCUUUUGAAAGCAGCUGUAGUGAAGAGCUUUAAGGACAAACAGCUACUGCAGGGGUCAAAGUUCCUGCAGGACCUCCAGCUGGGCCAGUGCAGUGCUGCUAAAAUGAUUCUGGACACAGUCAGGAACAGCGUAUUCGGAUGGGAUCAUGUCACUCAGGGAAUGGUCCAGCUGGGAUUCUUCCUCAUGGACGCAUUUGGACCCAAACCUGGACCGUUUGGAAAGGCCUCUGAGGGUUCUGGUGGUGUAGCCCGGACCCCCUCUCAGCAGGCAUGUAAGCUGGGAGGACAGGUGCUCCUACAGGGCUUCAAGAUGCACGAGCCAAUCAGAGGCGAGAUUCUGGAGCAGGUCUUGAAUCGUCUGGUCACAAAGACGGCCUCGCCUGUCAGUCAUUACUUAGAGCUUUUCUCUGACAUCGUGAUCUCUGCUCCCAUGAUCCUCCUGGAGUCGUCCUCUAAGCUGACCGAGACGUUUGACCAACUGUCGCACCUGCCUCUGGCCACCGUUCAGGGUCUGCUGAAAGCUGUCCAGCCCCUGCUCAAGGUCAGCAUGUCUCUAAAAGACGCCUUAAUUCUAGUGCUGCGCAAGGCCAUGUUUUCCAGCCAGCUGGAUGGCAGGAAGUCUGCGGUGACGGGCUUUUUGCUGCUGCUGAAAAACUUCAAGGUUCUGGGCAGCUUGGCCUCCAGCCAGUGCAGCCAGGCCAUCUCCUCCAGCCAGGUCCAAGUGGAUGUUCAUUCUCGCUUCAACUCCGCUGCCAAUGAAGCCUUCUGCCUAGAGAUCCUCAGCAGCCUCCGCCGCUGCCUUGGCCAACAGGCGGAUGUACGCCUCAUGCUCUACGAGGGUUUCUAUGACGUUCUUCGUCGCAACUCCCAACUGGCAAGCUCCAUCAUGCAGACGCUCCUCUCACAGCUGAGGCGGUACUAUGAGCCGGAGCAGGACCUGCUGCCCCCGGUGAAACUGGAGCCGUGCAUCACAACUCAUGGGGACCAGAUCUUCCUCCAGGAGCCGCUGGCACAUCUGGUGAGCUGCACCGUGCACUGCCUGCUGUGGCUGCAGAACAUGCACACGGCCACCACUGAUGACAGCGGCGAUGAUGAUGAUGAUGAAGAGGAGGAGGGAUAUCGGUCUGACCUGCAGGCCAUCUUGGAAAGCACAACACGACGUAUGCUCAAGAGCGAGCUGGAGGACUUUGAACUGGACAAGUCUGCAGAGUUUUCUUUGGCAUCCAGCGUUGGAGUGAAGAAUAACAUCUACGCCGUGCUAGUGAUGGGAGUAUAUGAAGUUCUGAUGGAGUACAACUUCAUCAAAGCCAACUACAAUAAAAGUCACCUAGAGGGGGUUACGGAGCUGUUCAGCCGCUACCACAAACUGUCUGAGAUCUUGAGGGAGAAAUCCGGAAAAUCCCGAACGUCCUCCAACAAAACGCCCCGCAGUUUACUCUCCAUGGGCUUUGCAUCGACUCUCAUCACCGCGAUUUUCAGAGAUAACGCUCAGAGCAGAGAAGAGGGUCUCUCAGUGCUUCGCUCAAAUGGCGAGUUUGUGCGUUAUGCUUUGAGCGUAGUCGUGCAGAAGAUCCAGCAGCUGGAGGAAACCGGACACACGGACGGUCCAGACGGACAGAACGCAGACCGAGCUUUCCGCUUCCUCUGUGACAUGACCAGGGUGCUGAUGUGGCGUUACACCAACAUCCCCAGCGUGGUGGAGGAGGCGGGAAGGAAGGAGAGGCGCUGCAGUCUGUCCCAACUCUGUUUAGAGGGUCUGCUCCGGAUCUUCAACGCCUGCCAGCAGCGCUUCCCAGACAAGAUGACGCAGCUCCUUUCUACCAUGGAAGCUGCAGAGGACGACGCGGAGCAAGAAGACGCCAGCGAGGUGAACUACUUUUACAUCCGACAGUUUCAGAGGGCGCUGUUCACCCAGUUAAGUGGAAGCGAGGAGGACUUUAACAGCAGAGAAGCUCAGCUGCUGGUCAGCAUCUUGGCUGUACUCUCACGCCAGCUGCAGCCCACCUCCAAACAGUUUGUUCAGAUGAUCACCUGGACCGUGAAAAUCUGCAAGGAGACUAGUUUUGAGGAUCCCACCUUCUCUAAGGGCCUUCUCUCACUUCUCUUCAGUCUGCAUGUUCUCUACAAGAGUCCUGCAGGUCUGCUGCUGGAGCUCUGCCAGGACAUCCACAGCCAGCUGGGAGACAUCGAUCAGGACAUGGAGGUGGAAAAGCAGGCUCAUUUUGCCGUCGUCAACAUGAAAACAGCUACGACGGCAGCACUGCUGGUCCUGUCUCAAGUUGACAAAGUCCUCGAUGAAGUGGACUGGCUUAUUGCCAGGAGGAAAGGUCACACGGCAUCUGAUAAGUCUGGAUCUGCUGAGGCGUCCCAGGCUGCAGGGCAGCAGGACCCAGCAGAGAAAGCCGUGACGCUGCAGCUGGGGAGCGUCCUGACGGCGCUAAAUGAGCUGGUCCAGACGGCCCUUCUGCCUGGAACCUGCACCAUCACGCUGCUGAGGGAGCUGAGCCGUACCUACACCACCCUCACCACUCUGGUUAAAUACUACAUCCAGGUGUGCUCCAACCAGCCUGGGGCGCUACCAGCUCGAUUUGAGAAGCUGGUUAAAUUAUCUGGCUCCCAUCUAACCCCUCAGUGCUACUCCUUCAUCACAUACGCACAGAGUGGAGAAAUAGGUGGAGGUUCCAAUGAGAAGAAGAAAAAGAAAAGAAAUGAAGCGAACCCAGCCGCCUCGGCGAAGCUCCUGCGUGAGACGAAGGCCAUCCCGAACUUGAUUUUCAGCAUCGAGCAGUACGAAAAGUACCUCAUCAUGCUCUCCAAGAAAUCAAAGGUGAACCUGAUGCAGUACAUGAAGCUGAGCACCUCCAGAGAUUUCCGCAUCAACGCUGCGACCCUGGAUGCCGCCCUGCAGGAGCAGGAGGACGCUCCGGAGGCCGAAGCGUCCCAGGAGGAGACGCAGGAACCCAAACAGAAGAAGAGGAAACCGUGAGGCACAGCUGGCGACCGACGGACAAACCCAUUAUCUUGCUUUGCUCAGAGAGCCUUUGGUGAUGUCGAUGAUCUGGUAAACGUCCAACGCCUCGCCUGCGGAAAGUUUAAACAUCGUUUAUCAACCUGUUCCACUUUAUUCAGCAGGAAGUUUCUGUUUCACACUUUUUAGACGAGCUUUAUUGUCCUGAUUUCAUCUGGAUGUUGGGACUGUUGCUCAAAAACCAGUUUUAAGUUAAACUCUUAUUCUAGUGGAUCCAGAUGUUCCUGGGAUGACAACACUAACCUGGGAGAAGGAGCUGUGCUUUUCUAAAGAUUUGGAAAAAGAAUCCCAGAGAUUAAAAACCCGGAGUGUCUGAAUUGUUCUUUAGAGGGGCCGCAUUUUCCUUGUUUUUGUGCAAACGAGCAUUUUUUUGACUCCGGAAUGAGACUUUAGUGCAAUUUCUGAACUUUUUACUUAAUGUAAGAAAAAUUAAGAUUUCUUUUUUUGCAAUUAGAUUAAAUUUAAAGGUUAUCUACUAUAAUAAAUAGUUUUUGGAUUAAUAAUUGUUCCAACUGGUUACAGGAUUGUUCUUUCAACAUUUGCAGGACUUUUGUCUCCUUUUUCUGUCCUUUUGUUGUAUUUUGUCUAAUAAACUCUAUUUAUUAGCAAGAAAUCUCAUUGCUUAAAACUCACCCGGUGGGUACCCGUAUCUCCGUUCCAGACCCGUGGGGUUGGAGGGAGUCGCACAGUCCAUGGUGACCUCCUUCCUCAGACACUGGUCCACAUCCACCGCACUGAAGAACGCCACAGACUGCGGGAGGUCCUGCAUGCCUAACGCGUGGGCGAACAUGCACCUGCAAGAAAAAGCCGCCCUGAUUUAACGGCCCAUCAUGGCGGCUGUAAUGGGGAACAUCAGCUGGAGGCUGACCUCGUGAGCAGGUUGGUGAUCUGGAGAGCCAACGCCGCUCUGUAACGGUCCUCGCUUCGGACCAGGUACCGCACCUCAUCGUGGAUGCUGAUGCAGAAGCGCCCAUCGAUGCUGUGCUCCUCGAAGAGCCACCUCAUGGCCACCAGCAUCAGAUGCAGGUAGUCCACAGCGGAGCUCUGCACCGCCCAGUUCACCCUGCUGGUGAUAAACUUCCAUAAAAAAAUAAAAACAUCUUCAGCUUUCUGGACUUGGAUGUGUCUAUAAUCUGGUUAUGGGCUCGGCCUCACCUCGUCUCUGACCGCUCGGGGCUCCAGGGCUCUGCUGAUCCUGCAGCCGAGGACCGGAGUGGCUGGCUGGGCCGAGUGGGCGAUGCUCUCCAGCUUAUUGAACAUGUCUGACUCGGUACCUCCAGCCCAGACGCGUUUCCCAACAAUAUCCCACUUCCUUUGCCGGGAGCUGAGAAGAACACCGAAUGAAUGAAACGCUGAGGUGAAUAAACGAGUCAGAACCCUGACAGGCUCGUUACCUUUGUGAGGCUAGUCUACUGAUCCUCCUCACUUCCUCCAGGGAGACGCUUCCAUCAUCCUCUCUGUGCACAUCUAUGUCCAGCUCCCUGAC